UACGAAGCUGAUCGGCCACCUCUCAACAACAAAGAUGAAGAUAGGGAAGGCUCCUGAGCUCCUGAAGAAGGCCGUAGCGAUGUGCAAGAGCAAGACCACCAGGCUCCUCAUCCUCGCCUCGCUCCAGCGCCGCAGGAUGUCCAUGGGCGUUGUGGUCUCUCGCAAGAUCGACGCGCUCAUUGUGGCCGACUGGGAGAGAGCAGACCGCCACAAGGCUCUCGCGCUACAAACGGUGGAGAAGAGACCGGUAAUCAUCCAGGAGAGUGACUUGGAGGCCAAUUUCUCUCGUCACUUGGCGAUGUUCGGUCAAGAGAAUGGUCAUGGUGGCUGCCCAGCUAACCGAACACUGCAUCCCCUAUUCAACAACAACCACGCCAACUACCAUUACACUGAAGAUGAUGAUGUGCUACUUGAUUCAUGCGAUCAAGAUGAUGAUGAUGAGCUGUCAGUCAUGGAUCUGAUCAUGAGCAAUGGAGAAGUUGAGGGGAUGGAGUUCAACAUGGAGGAGGACAUUGAUCAAGCUGCUGAUAUGUUCAUUAGGAGGUUCCGACAGCGGCUGAAUGAGGGAUUUUAGGGUCUUAUUAGCACAUGCAUGCAUGUAUCUUAGAUUAGGGCGUUGUCUUCUUUUUAGGUGCCCAAAAAUUAGAAAAUUUUGUGGACAUCAAUAUGAAUAGGAGUUGAGGCUUGACAAGCAGUUAUCCUUAUUUGUUAGGUUAAUCCAAACAAGUUUGAAUUUGGCUAGAAGUGUGCUAGUUGUGUCCGGUUAGGAUUAGU